AAUUCACGUCAACCCACCACCACCACGCCGCCUCGUGCCUCCCCGCAUCGCCGCCCACGAACCACCCACGAACCACCCACGAACCACACACGAACCCCACGAGCCCCGCAAACCACGCACACCCCGCACACAAUGGCCUCACCCACCAGCACUCGCAAGCGCAUAACGCACUGGCUCGACACGACGGGGCGAGUAUUCGCCGAGUCGCCGUUGACCGCGCUGUCGACGAGCGCACUGUCACUCACCCUCCUCCCCCCCUCCCGCCGCCCCCAGCACGCCGCAUACUACCCGCGCCCGGUACACCUGGGGCUAUUCUCGGCGGCGUUCCUGCUCAGCGCAGGAAUGUGCCAGCAGGGCUAUACCGUUGAUGCGGCGGGCACGGGCGCGGCGUGGGGAACACUUUUUUUGGCCGUGAAUGGGUGGAAGCGUGGGGUUAGGGGCGUGUUGAAGGGACGGCUUGCGCCCGCGGUGCUCGUGGGGAAGGUACUUUUUGAUACCGCCGUCCUAGGGUGGUAUUGGGGGAAUACUAGGAGGUGGGUUCCGGAUGCUGAGCGGUGAUGGGGGGUUAUGUGUGUGUGGGUUUUGUGUGGGGGGAGGGGGAGGGGGAGGAGGAGGGGAAAGGCCUGCGGUUGGGAAAUAUCUGGCGGGAGUGGAAUCUACUUCAUAGAAUAUCUCUCGAUAAUCUUCGCAUGAUAACUACUCCGUGUCAACCACCGUCUACCUGGUGAUAUUACCAUGAUCUAGAUAAGUCGCAU